AUGGCGGGCCACGAAAGGUCAGGUUACAUGUCGAGCCUCUGGCACUCCCUCAGGCAGGUGCUGUUUGUACCUUUCAUCCAGCUAUUAACCCGCAUCUUUCACUUCGCCGAUCCAAAGAAGGACCCCACGCCCACGCCCGAAUCACAGCACCACCACCACUGUUCACCUUCACCUUCUACAACACAACACCGCAACGAACCUGACUUGUCUACACCUCUUUUGCAUCCUACACAUACAAACCACUUUGCCUACCACGCUGCCGACCCGGACUCUGAGCUCGCUGUCGGUGACUAUUCAUCCCAGGACGAUACCAUGGCCGCGUCUAAGAAGCGCGGAGGCCGUGGGCGAGGUGGCCCCAGAACCACCGUCGCCGCAGGCACAGAAGCCACGGCAGCCACCAAUCCCGCGCCCGCUGCAGUUGGCCAGUCAAACGGCGUGUCGGCCGCCCCUCACAGCAAUGCUGGUCAAUCCUCUGCGCCUCCCUCGGCCCCCCAGACCACUGCUCCGGCCGGUGUCACUAUCACGCCCCUCACGAACCAAUGUGACACGAACACCAACUCCUUCCAGUCUGGCGGCCAGAAGCGACCAGGAUCUCGAAGAGGCGGCCGAAACCGCGGUCGCUCUUCGCCCACGAAGCACAUCGUCGACAACAAGAAGGAGAAUGCACCCCCGCCCCAGGAUGACAAUGGUGCCUCUCUCCGGUCCCUCCGGGCAGCCCAAACCUCUUCUCCGGCUCUGAUCGCUGCGACCGAAAACAAAGGCCAGCUUCAGAAACCGGGUACCCGCGGCCAAGGCGUCACCAAGCCUCAGGCUGCUCCGGCAAUCACCAAGUCUGCUGCUCCGGCAAUCACCAAGCCUACUGUUCCGGCAAUCACCAAGCCUGCUGCUCCGGCAAUCACCAAGCCUGCUGCUCCGGCAAUCACCAACCCUGCUGCUCCCAAAUUCACGCCUGUGAACGACGAGAGUGUUGCGCCCGAUGAUCAGGCCGACCAAGCCGACCAAGUCGAGCAGCUCUGCACUGUUGCCGAUCGCCUCACUAUUGCCGAUGCUGCUUCCGCCGAACAGCCGGCGGAGCAGGACCUCAAUAUCGCUACUGCAGCUGUCGAGACUGCCGCGCUUCCUGUCCCUGUCGUUGUCGCCAUCCCUCUUCCCACUCAGCUAUCUGUGGUUGACUUGACUGAAGCCCCUGCGGCCCCGAUCCUCCCUGGGCUUAUUGAACCCAAGACGGACGAGGAGCGCGCGGAGCGAGAGUACCAUCUCACGUACAUGCGAGAAGCACUUGAUAUGGGAGUCUUGGCUUUGAACACGAAUGAAACCCCGGUUGGCUGUGUCCUAGUUUAUCAUGGAAGAACCAUCGCGAAGGGCAUGAACGCCACCAAUGUUACUCGCAAUGGCACCCGCCAUGCUGAAUUCAUGGCCUUGUCAGCCCUGCUCUCGCGCAAGGAGCAGGGCGAUGUUGGGGAAGUUAACACCAGUCCUAACAAAGCCCUCGACGAUGCUAGCUGGGGAGAUGUAGACCCGAAAGACGGCCACAUCUACCCCUAUGGACAGAAGCUGCAUCCUGCACCUGUGGUCACCCACGACAUCAUAUCCGAAUGCGUUCUCUAUGUCACUGUUGAGCCUUGCGUCAUGUGUGCUUCACUUCUCCGACAGCUCGGCAUCCGAAAGGUCUACUUCGGCGCUGUGAACGACAAGUUUGGAGGCACUGGUGGUGUCUUCCGAAUUCACAUGAACUCGAAGCUAGUACCGAAGCCUGACAACGGAAGACCCUAUCAGAAUGGGUACGGACCUCAGGACGCUAUGCGCAUCGCCAAGGGCAGAAUUAACCCCAACACUCGGGACGAUGAUGACGGUGAUGGUGGCAAUGUUGAACCUGGUUAUCCUGUCGAGGGUGGCUACCUUCGCGAUGAUGCCGUGUCGCUGCUCCGACGCUUCUAUGUCCAGGAGAAUGGUCGAGCUCCCCAGCCUCGCAAGAAGGAAGGAAGAGCUGCUCGCCUGUAUGCGCAGGAGAAGAAGAUCGAUGGCGUUGAGCUAUCAGAUGAAGCGAUCACAGCUAACAACGAUUCGUCCAACGAUACCACGGAUGACUAG